GCGUCAGUCCAGUCGUCACGUCAGUCCACAACGAGCCGUCGACUCGACAGUACGUCACUACGUCGCCACGAGCACCGAACGUGGCGCGAUAAACUUCCACAUACAAAUAAUAAUCAAAAGCCGACUGUGCAUGGAUUGAGUGACAGUGCGUCAGUGAAGAUUAAGUGUUCGGCUCCUAGCUACGGGACUCCAAAAAAACUAUUAUUUUUUAUAAAACGAACAUCGAAACGAAGCAGCGACGAAAUUGUUUUUCUUUCCGAAUUGCACAAUAAUCCAAGAAGUGCAAGAAGUGGGAUGCCGUAGAACUCCGUGUAUCUGUCAUCAGGUAGUGCAGUCCAUAGACAAUGGCCUGGCUUCGCGCAUCCGCCUGUUUCCUGGCGGUAUCCCUGCUGGUGGCACCCAUACUUGCCGCGGUCUGUCCAGAAAGUUGCGUCUGCAAUACAACUCGCGACGGCCUCCAUCGUGUCACAUGCAGCAGUCUCGCUGAACUUUACAAAUUCACUCUCCGUCAGAAGCAUCAUAAUAUAAACAUUCUUGAUCUGUCACAUAAUAACAUAACCAAGUUAAACCACGAACUGGACAGAUUAACAGAAGUCGUUACAUUAGAUUUAUCUACAAAUGGUAUCACAGAUCUCAAUAAAUUUUUACACAAUGCAAAGAAAUUAGUACAUCUUAACCUAGCAAAUAACAGGAUAAAAAAGCUGUCCUUGACGCAUUUGCCUACAAGUGUUAGUUCAUUAGAUUUAACAAAUAAUCUGCUACAGGAUGUGCCUUCAGAUUUAGGGCACCUAAUCAGUUUGGAACAUUUAGAACUUGAGGGUAAUCCUUUGGAAUGUUCGUGUGAGAACAUUAUAGCUCGUGAUCGCCUACUGGCUGCAAAUGUUUUUAUAGAUAACGUAAAAUGUGUUAGUCCAACAAAGCUACAAAACCGGUCGUGGCUUGAGUUAAAAACAAAGGACAUUUGUAAAUCAGCUAAAAUCGAAAACGAAUAUUUGGACAUGAUGAUGGGCGAUCAGCCAAUUGAUGCAAUUAAAGUCGGCGAAGAAACGACUGCACUGAAGUCAAUGCCCUUGGUGGCAAUAAAUGACUUAGAAGAUGGAAAAGUUAUUCAUGGAUCCGAGCCUAGAGAAGACGAUGACAGCGAACAGUUUUUGAAAGUGGGUCACUAUGUUACUUCAUCGCCUUUGAAUGACAUUGAGGGAUCUGGAGAAGCCGAAAGCACAACAAUGAGUGACAUAAUUGAACCUGUUCAGAACCGGAAAAGUUAUGCAAAUUUAUUAGCUGCAGAAGAAGUCAUUCCUGCUGACAAUUUGCACACAACUGAUGAUCCAAUAGAAGGAUCUGGUGAAGGUUCAGGAUUUUACGUCCCAGAAAUUGAAUUUACAACGGAAAAGAUCCAAGAAACAACAACGCCAAUAUACGAAGAAUUAAAUCCGGGUCCGGUUCGCAAAGUAUUUGAGGAAGACUCGAACACAGCAACUUCUGAAUUUCCUAUACCUCCACCUCCGUCAAUCUAUGAAGGAGGUGCCGAUUGGCAUAGUAGAACUAUUCCAGAGACAGUUACUGAAACUGUCGUAGCUGCAACACCACAAAUUAUACGCGACACGACUGUUUCUGAGCAAAUUCGAGUAACGCAAGCUGCAGGUGUCUUAGGACAGGUACCGUCAAAUAACGAAAAUGUUGCGCCACACAAAACAGGCACUUACGUAUGUAUAGCUUUAAUUGUUAUCCUCCUUGUUGGAUUAAUAGGAUUUGCUAUUGUGAAGGGUCAAAUGAGAAAACGUAGAGAUAGACGAUUAAUGAGACAACAAAAGAGAGACGUAGAGAAAGCAUCUAAAGAAAUGGUAGAUAUGAAUAAAUCUUUAUUAGGUAAACCAGCCCCUGUUGACACCCCAACGGAAAAAGUAAUAAAUGGAAAGUAUGAGCUAGUCCCAACUCAUGAAAACUAUCCAAAGAAAGGUGAUAAUGGUGAAAUUGGAAACGGCUUUAAGCCCAAGGACAGCAAUGGAAUAGAUAGUCCUAGAGACUCAAAUCAGAAUAAACGUAGCUCGAUUGAUAACAACCUUGCUGAAGACAGCCAACUAUCGCAACAAGAAACUUCAUUCGACUCUGAACCAGCAUCGCCGAGCUCCAAGAAGGAUACUCACUCAUUAUCUAGCGAGGAUAUAUUCGUUCCUAUAAACGACGACGACAAUCCCAGAUUAAACGGCAAUGCUGAUUCAGAUAUAUCUCAACCACUAAUUAAUGGAGACCCAAUUAACGAUGCUGAUUUCUUGUCACCGUCACGAGAGUACGUGCCUGUAUAUUCCCCAGACAUGGGAAGAGUUCGAAUCAAAAUGACUGAGACGCCGAAGCCUAAGACGCCGGUACUAGUCACCAGAAGUAGGUCAAACGCCGGAGACAUCAUUAUAACACCAACAGUAGAAGAAAACACACGUAAAUCGACCACUUGAAAUAUAGCUUCUGUGAAAGAAGGACAAUAAUGCUUUGUGUAUCGUGUCAACAAACAUAACACUAUUGGCAAAGUUCUGUGAUUUUGUAUGUGCGUUAAAGUGGGAACUCAUGUGCAUGAGGGUAGGGUAAAUAGUUUUGACUAAUUUUUCUAGAAACGUUGCUGCCAAAGUGUGUUUGUAGUCGACAGUGCCUUUUUAAUUCGCUAGUGGUAAAAUAUAUUUAUAAAAUUAUAUUUCUAGUAAGAAAAACAUAUUUUUAUACAUGUAAAUUGUUGCCAUGUUCAUUUUAGUACUAAUAUUCAUUCAUGUUUGUGAAAUUCAACCUUUUUAAUUUCUAUUCAUAUACGUAAAAAUAAUAAACUUUCAUUUGUGUCGUAAGGCAAUGUUUUAUAUUCCAUAUGAUCUUGAAUUGUCAAUGGUUGUGUACUUACUUUAUACAAAACAUUCACAAUACACGAUAAUAAACAGAUUUGUCCGGUGUUAGCUUUUAUUUCAUAUUAAGAGAUUCUUUGUUUCAAGUUCUAACCUAAGUUCCUUAUGAAUAAUUUUAUUGAAUUAGUAUUUAAGAUUGUGAUACCAUUUAUUGUAAGUUAAACCAUGCUAUUAUUUGAUAUGUCUGUAAUUAAUUCAAAUAUGUCGUACGCGUAUUGUAAAUUUUAUAAGAUUUUAUAAUUUGAUGUUAAUUUUUUUUCCAUUAAGUGCUAUGACAUUUCUUAUCUGAUGUCACGUCAAUCUGCCGGUCGUGUUGCAGAUUGUAUAUCACUAAUUUAAACAUACCAGCUGCUAUUUAUAAUGAGGAACAAAAUAAUAAAAAAUAAAGAAUUUAUUGUAAAAA